AUGAUGGCGGACACUAAGUUGAAGCUGAAGAGCUCAUACGAUAUAAUUCUCGAAGUAGACCAAGUGGUAGCGUUCCAGAGCAUCACAGUGAAGAAUAUGAUUACGAAUGCCGACGUCUUUUCUGCCAGCGAGCCCCUUUCUUUGCCAAACGUCUCUGGGUGUAUCCUGGUAAAGGUGAUUCUCUUCUGGAAAAAUCACGUGGAUGCGAAGAAGCCUGGCACGGCGGAGAAGCCUGCGGUCACGGGCGACGAGGUGAAGGCGUGGGAUCAAGAGUUUGUGAACGUCGAUCAAUACACUCUCUUCGACCUGAUAUCGGUGCGUAUUCACUCUCUUGUAAGAUUCAUGCAUCACUUAUCGUCCGAUGGGGAGGAGGAGGAGGAGGAGGAGGAGGAGGAGGAGGAGGAGGAGGAGGAGGAGGAGGAGGAGGAGGAGGAGGAGGAGGAGGAGGAGGAGGAGGAGGAGGAGGAGGAGGAGGUGGAGGAGGAGGAGGAGGAGGAGGUGGAGGAGGUGGUGGUGGUGGCGGGGCAGGUGUUAUUGGAGGUGCUUCUGAUGAAAUGGCUGGCUUGCGUGUGA